AUGGUAAAAACGUAUUUGAUAGCUAGUGGAAUAGUUGAUAUUCUAUGGCCUGUUCUUUUUGGAAUCUUACCUUUUUUCGGUGACGAUGCCUUUACUACUGUCAUAAAUACCUAUCAAAAAUGGAAAAAAGAACCCGGGGGUACAUGGCAAAAGGAUGGAAUUGAACACGAGAAAUCAAGAGGCAUUGGUACGUUGACUUUUUAUGCGGCUUGCAUCCUUCUUCUGGGAAGUUUCGCUCUUUGGUGUUGUGGAAAUGCUUGGGUUUUAGCCAAUUACAAACACGUCCAAUAUCAUGAUCCAACUAACUUAAAUUACUGCUAUCCAUCAUUAUUCAAAGGCGCAUUCGCCAGUGCAAUCAUUGCAGACAUCUGGUGCGGAUUUUUGGUAUUAGGCAUAUUCCUUUACUUUUUCUUUAAAUGA